AACUGAAGUUAUCAGACAGCCAGGCACAGGCUUCUCACCUCCCUCCUUUCUCCUCUUCUUCUCCUUCUUACUUCUUUUCUGCAUCUUAUCGCAAUCCCGUCAUCAUUCCUGUAUGGUGGAUAUUAUUUUCAACUCUUCUUUCUUGGGUGAUAUGGGGGAUCAUUCCAAAAAGAAGUCCGGAUUCGCGAUGUGUGUAGGCUGUGGAAGUCAGAUACAUGACCAGUACAUUCUGAGAGUUUCCCCGGACCUGGAGUGGCAUGCAGCCUGCCUGAAGUGUGCUGAGUGCAACCAGUACCUGGAUGAGACAUGCACUUGCUUCGUACGGGACGGAAAAACCUAUUGCAAAAGAGAUUAUGUAAGGUUAUUUGGAAUAAAAUGUGCAAAAUGCAACCUGGGAUUCAGCAGCAGUGAUUUGGUGAUGCGAGCCCGGGACAAUGUGUACCAUAUCGAGUGUUUCAGAUGUUCCGUGUGUAGCAGGCAGCUCUUGCCGGGGGAUGAGUUCUCUCUCCGGGACGAGGAGCUGCUGUGUCGGGCGGACCACAGUUUACUAAUGGAGCGGAGCUCUGCCGGAAGCCCAAUCAGCCCCGGACAUAUCCACUCCAACAGAUCACUACACUUAGCAGCAGAGCCGGUGACAGUACGGGCACCACACCGAAACCACGUCCACAAGCAGUCAGAGAAGACAACACGAGUGCGAACCGUUUUGAACGAGAAGCAGCUCCACACGUUACGGACCUGCUACAACGCCAAUCCGCGGCCAGAUGCGCUAAUGAAGGAACAACUGGUGGAAAUGACCGGCCUCAGCCCAAGGGUUAUUCGAGUUUGGUUCCAGAAUAAAAGAUGCAAAGACAAAAAGAGAUCUAUUCUCAUGAAGCAACUUCAGCAGCAGCAACACAGUGAUAAGACUGUAAGCAUCUUCAGUCUACAGGGGCUCACAGGUACGCCUCUGGUUGCCAGAAGCCCUAUCAGGCACGACAACACGGUGCAGGGUAACUCGGUGGAGGUGCAGACCUACCAGCCUCCCUGGAAGGCCCUCAGCGAGUUCGCCCUGCAGAGUGAUCUGGACCAGCCGGCCUUUCAACAACUGGUGUCUUUCUCGGAAUCGGGUUCAUUGGGAAACUCCUCCGGCAGCGACGUGACUUCUCUGUCAUCGCACUUACCCGACACCCCGAACAGCAUGGUACCCAGUCCGGUGGAGACGUGAGACCGUGCCACCAGCCUCGGUUCCAGGCCUAGCAUGUUCCCGCCCCGGUCCCCGGUCCCCUGCAUGUGACCAGCUCAUCACAGCGUCCUAAAGACAGAGGAGUCGUUUCGGACAUGGAGAGGAAAGUGACAUAUUCUCAAUUUUGAACAAUUACCUAACGGCACUAUAAAGCAACGCGUACGAAAGCCCUUCUUCUUAAGACAGUUCAGCAUUUUUGAGGAUAUCAGUGACAAAACAAAAACGAACUUCGUUGCAUGAACCGAAAGAAGAUAGAAGAUUCUCGUGAUGGAUUUACAAAACAGCCUCCCUCCAUAUUACAUUGGAGCCAUUUGAUGUCGAACCAGAUGGACAUUCUGCAAUUCAUUGUGAACAUGUCGUGUCUUGGUUUCUUUAUGUGAUUUUUGAUACAUUUAUUUCGUUAUCAAGCCCAUAGACUCGUGUGUUUGUCUUAAAAAGGAGCAUGAUUUCCGAAGAUUAUAUAAAAAAGAUUCUUGUUGUUAAAUAUUUUAUCUUAAUAGGAAGAGGGCAGGUUGUUUGAGCCUCUCUAACAAAAGUAAGUUAUUGUUAUUUAUUGUCAGGACAACGAUUCAUAAAGGAAUUAAUAACUGAUCAAAAAUAAAACUGUUAAAUCUUUAUAAUGUCUAAGGUACACAGUCUUUGCAUAAACUCUUGUAGAAUUUCCCAAGAUAGGCUUUACACCCCCGUUCCCUCACUAGGCUUACACCCCGGUUCCCUCACUAGGCUUACACCCCCGGUUCCCUCACUAGGCUUACACCCCCGUUCCCUCACUAGGCUUACACCCCCGUUCCCUCACUAGGCUUACACCCCCGUUCCCUCUCUAGGCUUACACACCCGUUCCCUCACUAGGCUUACACCCCCGUUCCCUCACUAGGCUUACACCCCCGUUCCCUCACUCAGCCUGUGGCAUGCAGUUCAUCAAGUGGACCAGUAGUUAUUUGAGCUAUAAACAUCAAAACCUUCAACCAAAGGUAUUCCCAAAACGAGUAUGCUUCACGCAAACCUUAUAGGCCCCCAGUUCCCCGAGCUACUAAACCACAUAGGUGUAGGCCUAUAUGCAACAAAUCAAACACCAAUAUAUUUCUGAAUUUAUCAAAAUAAUAAUUGUGCUAACAAGGUGAAUAAGUUUACAAUCGGUUUUAGUUCCCUAUUUAUCCCUGCAUUAGGCUUUAAACCACUGCAAAAAGAGGCCUAUUAAAAGUGCGAUACAAAAUGAUGGAUGAAAACGUCAAUGAUCGAAUACUGAGGGUCCAUUGAUGAAAGCAUUUGCAUAUAAAUGUUGAAUGUUAUGACUAUUAUCAGGCUAAUCUGAUAGGCCUAUUGAUUUGGGGGAAAUAUUUAUAAUCAUGUUAAUAUGUUAUUUUUUACGCAGGCUAUUUCAUCAUUUUAACUUUAAAAAACACUGGAGCUUAAAAUUUG